CCGAAAGGGUAAAGCGAGGCCGCUCAGUUCCAAAGUGAUCGCGGUAGCCUUUCCAUCUGCUAGCGGUUGUGUGACCAGCCGACCUGUUCUUCCGACCAACGAUCUCUCCGCGAAGUUACAGCGAGUUGGAACCACCGACGAUUGAAUUUGCAUCGACCCAAAAGUUCAUCAAACGCCUCACAACCUCCUCGCUGAAGCGACACGGCGUCGUCGUUUCAAUGAGAGCGGAAAUAGAUGCCUGCCGGUGGUAGAAUACGGAAGCGAUGUCGUCGGAUAGGAUACACCGCGCCGCCAAAGAUGGGCUGCUGGACGUGUUGCGGGAAGCGACCCGUUCCGAGGCCAACGCCAAAGAUGUGGACGGCAUGACGCCCGUCCUGUGGGCCGCCUUCGAGGGCCAUUUCGAUGCUUUAAAACUCCUAGUCGCCCGCGGUGGAGAUCCGGACAAGGCGGAUCAGUUUGGCAAUACGGCGCUGCACCUAGCGGCGGCCAAGGGGCACAUGCAAUGCGUCGACUUUCUCGUCCAGUUCGGCGUCAACAUCUACGCGCUCGACAUCGACCAUCACAGUGCGCAGGAUCUGGCGGCGAUCAACAAUCGGGAUCACAUCUUGCGCUACCUCGAUGGGGCGGCGGCCACCCUGGAAGCAACAGAUCGGAAACGGGCGCACGAGUUUAAGGAGCAAGCCAAAAAGAAGUCCGAGAAGCGGGCACGUGAGUUUGUCAACCGACAGCGGGAACAGACCGUGCGACCGCAUCGUCCCUCGAACAUGCUGCAAGCGCUCAAGCACAAACUGUGGUCUGGUAGCCAGGGUAAUCUCCAGCGAGUAACCGACCCGCAAAGCCAGCGAUUAACGGACCAGCGACCACCGGCAUCAACAAAAUUUAGCACCCUCGUCGGUGGUGGUGGUGGCGGCGGUGGCGGUGGUACGGUGACGCGUGGUGGUGGCGCAGUCAAGAAGCGUGCGGCAUCGGCAAAGGUUCGCCAGCAGAUGGAAAAUGGAGAUUUCAAGAUCGGUGAGAUGGAAGCGAACGGGAAGCGGAGUGUUCGAUCGAUACAGGGAUUGCGCCGGGACUCGGAAGUCCUCUAUGUCGGCACGUACAGUUCGAACGAAGAGUCGAAUGCCUCCGAUCGGCGGGGCAAGCUGAAGGAUGUGUUUGACGUCUCCGACUCCAACGGCUGUGCGGAUGAUGAUGAUGCGGACGAGGAUAGUGGUAGUGCGGCGAGUGGCAAGUUUGGCACCAUGUCACGUUCCCUCAGUCAACCGGACUUUCUGGCCAACGUUACCGAUGAGGUGACGGAAGAUGUGAUGCUGCAGCGCCCAUCCGGACUAUUCAGUCGGCCUUCGUUCGGCAAUCUGGCGUUUCCACGAUCGGUAUCGAACGUGUUGGCUCAGCUCGGCAACGAACACUCGUCCAGUGCCUCCUCGGAUGGUUCGGUAAAGGCAAAACCGACAAAGGGCGCGAUCAAACCACGCUCCCAGCUCGUCAUCUCCGACUCGGAGUCGGAUGUAGAAAGCUCGGACAACGAUGAAAACGAUUCGCUGGCGAUACUGCGGUUUCUGGCCGCUUUCAAGCUGGAAGAUUACUACCCGGUAUUCCAGAAGAACGAGAUCGACAUGGAAACGCUGAUGAUGCUCACGGAAACGGAUAUCAAAUCGUUGGGCCUACCGCUAGGGCCGUACCGACGGCUGUGCAAUGCAAUACAGGAACGCAAGGAGGCGCUCGCCCAACCCGGCACCAUUUCCGAUAGUCGGCUCUAAGCCAACGACGGAGCAGCGUCUGCCGAUCGAGACGAUCGUGAACGGGAUGCGCAUUUACAAUCACCUGUGUACAGUGUUAGUCGCCGCAGGAGCGUAGCUUAACGCUUUUAAGUUUUACUUCCUUCCGUGCAGUUCCGUCGUCGCGCAGCUCACGGCGGAAGGUUGGAUUAAGUUAUUGUGAAUUUUAAAUGGCAGAACUCAGUAAAAGAUGAGACAAAACACAA